AUGGAAAGAACUCGCAGGAAUUCAAGAAAAGAAGAAGAAACUGAUGAUGUUAUUGCAGGGCUUAGUUCUUGUGAUAUCUUUAAUGGAAAUUGGGUUGUUGAUGAUUCUGAUCCUAUUUACCAACCUGGGUCUUGCCCUUAUUUAGAUGAUGCCUUUAACUGUUUCAAUAAUGGAAGGCCAGACUUGGAUUAUCUUCGAUAUCGAUGGAAACCACAUGGAUGCCACCUUCCAAGGUUUGAUGGGAAAAAGAUGUUGCGGAUGUUGAGAGGGAAGAGAGUGGUGUUUGUGGGUGACUCAUUGAAUAGGAAUAUGUGGCAAUCUUUGGUCUGUGCUCUAAGAGAAUCAUUGGAGAAUAAGAGCAGAAUUUUUGAAGUUGAGGGUCGGCGAGAGUUCAGGACUAGAGGGUUCUACUCUUUCAAUUUCAUAGAUCAUAAUUGCUCAAUUGACUUUGUCAAAUCGCCAUUCCUUGUUCAAGAAUGGAGAAGCUCAGACAGGCGUGGAAAUCGAAGAGAAACACUGAGGCUUGACAUGAUCCAAACCCCUUCCUUCAAGUACCAUGAUGCUGACAUAAUCAUCUUCAACACCGGUCACUGGUGGACUCACCAGAAAACAUACAAAGGCAAAAGUUACUUCCAAGAAGGCAGGCAAGUCUAUAACAAGCUGGAAGUAAAUGAAGCUUAUAAGAAAGCUUUAUGGACAUGGGCAAAAUGGGUUGAUUCCAACAUCAACAGUAGCCAUACCAGGGUCUUCUUCGGUGGAUACUCAGCUUCUCACUUCAGGAAAGGGAAAUGGGAUUCAGGUGGGCAUUGUCAUGAAGAGAGGCAGCCUAUAACAAAUGACACUCAACUUAAACCAUAUCCAUUGAUGAUGAAGAUUCUUGAAUCUGUUAUAUCAGAAAUGAAGACACCAGUUUCUUACCUCAACAUUACCAGAAUGACAGGCUAUAGAAAAGAUGGGCAUCCUUCAGUUUACAGGCAACCUGAUGUUCAUCAAAGAACUCCUUGGUUGGUCCAAGAUUGCAGCCAUUGGUGUCUUCCCGGUGUUCCAGACUCCUGGAAUGAGCUUCUCUAUGCCACUUUCCUAUUAUCACAUCAUGACUUGUCAAGCAACCAGUAG